AUGCCAGCCACAACCAGCUUUAUUAGAGUAACACCAGACAAGAGUAUUCCGGUAAGGAUAUUUGUCAACCGGUCAAAACUUCUUGAAAAUGCAUCUGUUAUAUCGGUUAAUGAAAAAUCGAUAGUCAAGUUACAGAAGAUCAAUAUAUUGAAACUAUCCAACGGAGAUAUAAAUUCGUUGAUAGGGACAAUACGACGCGAAUUGGUGGAUGUGUUAACCAACAAACCUAUAGGCAAAUUGUUGGAGGAAAAUACUUUGCGGAAUAAUCGCAUCGUGAUAGACAUAAACACGCACGAGUGGAAGUGCUACAUGAAUGUUUCAGUGUACUUUUUGGUGAAUUUGAGACUCAAUAUAGGUAGAUUGACGAAAGACGAUAUCGAGCAUAUUAGUAAGAGAAAGGGGAGUAACUUCAGUGUGAGUUUGCUAGUGAAAACAAGCAGUUUCAGUUUUGAAGAGGAGAAGAAGUUGACCAAGUACAAGAUACGGAAAAGCAGCUUGGUGAGUGGAUUUCACGAUGGACUAGACUUGUAUGUGUACGACAGGCCCAAUAAAUAG